UUCAGUUUUACUCAUAUCACAGAUGAUUUGGAGUAUUUCUACGGAAACAGAUCAUCUGGAUGAUAUGUUAACUCCAUUUUUAAAAUCUUUGAAUCCUUCGCAGAUAUAUCGUUUACUUUGUUAUUGUCGAGAUUGGAAUACCAACGUAAAUCAAUUUUUGCUCGCUCAACAUGUUUUGAAUUGUUUAUUGACCAGCCAUUCGUUUCAUAAUAUAUCAUCCAUUCCCGGUACAAAAGAAGUGCUACAAGCUAUUUUAGCAUAUUCAGAAAGACAUUAUCAGAGAUUGUCUAAAUGGUCUUCUAGGUCCUUUAUGCUGGACUGUAUUUUAGAAUCCAUGGGUGGUGUUUCAAGAUUUGCCAUUGCAUCGCAUAAGCCAGAUAAUGGAAGUUUUCAUCUUAGCAGUUAUUAUUUCCAAUUGAAUUUUCUGAUUCGGUUGAGCGGGCUUUUCAGGAUGAACUCUUCCCAGCCUUGUUCUUCUCAUCAAGUUUUAUUAGAGCGCAUUCUAGUUAUCAAUCAGAAGAUAAAUCAAGUCCUUGUUCAAGUAGAUAAAGACCUGGAAACUUGGAACGAGUAUGGAAGCGAUAUUGUACAAGUAAACCAAGUGCUUCGAAGAUAUAUGCGCAAGUUGAAUAUCGCUCAGUCCUAAUUGGUUGGUUGUUCUGGAUAAAGGAA